AUGCCAGGUAAAAUCUUGUUCCACGCAGCACGGAGUGACAAUCUUGAACUGCUAAACUCAGUGCUUCAUGCACAACCUCCCAUCGAAUACGAUAUUAAUGGUGUUGAUGGUCUCGGAAAUACCGUUUUACACUACGCAUGUGAGGCCGUUGCAACGCAUGUGCUGGAUGCCGUUCUUGACGAAGCCAUUGACGUAGACGCGACGAAUCGCAUUGAAGGCAACGCACCCCUUCAUAUUGCCUGCCAAAUUGAAAAUGAAGAGGCUAGGAACUGGGUUGUGCACCAGCUGCUUGAUGCAGGCGCUAGCACUACGACACUGAAUCAUGCGGGACUGCGUCCCAUGGAUCUUGUCGUUGGUGCACGUGCCGAGACGCCGCUAGGCAAGGAAUUGAUUCAAAUGAUGACCAUGUCACAAGCAGAAAAUGCACUAGGUGCGGAUGAUAUUGCCUAUGGUGCGUAUCUACAAAAAAAAAACAACUAA